UUACAAAAUUUAGGGCAGCGAUUUAUAUAAUUAAAUAGUUGGAUAAGCUAACACUCAGAGCAAGGCGGCAUUUAUUUUAUCUGCAUCUGCAACGAAAACCCACGAGUCUUCCGAGAGUUUUUGAUCUGAAAGUUAUCUUCUUUUCUCUUUCUUCUGUAUCCUAAGGAGGAAUGUCAAAGAGUUACUUCAAGCAAGAGCAUGAUCUCGAUAAGAGACGGGCAGAGGCAGCUAGGAUCAGGGAAAAAUACCCAGAUAGGAUUCCAGUGAUUGUGGAGAAGGCAGAAAGAAGUGAUAUACCAAACAUAGAUAAGAAAAAGUAUCUUGUCCCAGCUGACUUGACUGUGGGACAGUUUGUAUAUGUUAUCCGUAAGAGGAUUAAAUUAAGUGCAGAGAAGGCAAUUUUUAUAUUUGUGGACAAUGUGCUCCCACCUACAGGUGCCAUUAUGUCUGCCAUAUAUGAAGAGAAGAAGGAUGAAGAUGGAUUUCUCUAUGUUACCUACAGUGGGGAGAACACAUUCGGAUCUAAUAUCCCACUGUAGCAUUAUUCUGGGGCUUGCAUUGUUUCUUUCGUGGUUUCAUCAUACUUGAAUCCAUAAGGGUCGUCUUAAUCUCCUGGUGCCCACAGUUUCUUUGUUCUGCCUGAUUAUAAAGAUCCCCCAGUUAUAUUAUGUACAGUCGUAUAUUGUAUAUAACCAUGAAGAUGAUUUAUUUAUGUUCAAUCUUAAAUGUUUCUCGGUCCGUUUUAAGGAUCCUUUGCUGGAAA